AUGUGGCGGAUGCUGGUGGAUGGCCAGGGCAAGGACGGCCGCGAGAGGAACGAGCGGCGGAAGGAGCCGCCGCAGCCGCCAGCGCAGCCGCCCGAGGAGGCGAUGCCACGGCCUGACGGCAGCCGGAUCCAGAUCAUGGGGGAAAACGCAAUUCUUCGCUGGACGCAGCGCAGCAACGGUACGUGGCGAAAACCGGAGUUUUGGCCCGUGGACAAGGACCAGUUUGAGCUGCUGCAGGCCCAGCUGAGCCAAUACCAGCAGGAGCAGGAGGAGAAGCGCUUGGCCAAGGCAGGAGGAGGCUAG